CGCGCCUUGGCUCAGGGACUGUUUUCCUGUUGUUUCUCCUCUGCAGACGCGGAUUGUCUUUCCUUGAUGUUAACUGUCUUAGGACUGGCUGGGUGUUUGGUGGCCGUUUUCAGACUUAAUAAACAGCCUUUUUAUUUCACUGUGGCCUCCGACUGGGGUGCAGCCCUGCAGUCUGGCUUUUCAGAUGCCUGCUGCCCUGGGAGCACUUUGCAUUCUACCUGGCUCCUGUGCGGUAGGGAUGCAGAGCUGGCUUCUGGUCCCCCAAGAAGGGGGAGUGGGUUUUCUCCCCCUCCCCAGCCUGCUCCUUUUGAACAUUUUUGUUGUUUGCGCAGACACCUGUCUGUCUGCAGUUUGUGCCACAGGGCUGCCUCUUGCUAACCUCCCACCCACCUCAUUCGAGGGCCACGGGGCCUCAUUUUAGAGCCUCACGUUGAAGGCUCAGGAGCUAAAAGGGAAGGGUUUUCCUUAGGAACCUGUGACUUCACAAACUCCCCCUGUCAUCGCAGAUUUUUUUUUUAAGCUUCUAAACGUUGGGUUGUUGGUGUCCUUUGGUUGAGCUUUGCCUAGUUUUGAUAUUUAGGAAGGUGGCUUUGAAACUAGAAGGCAGCUUAAGCAAGAGCUACAGCUAUUGAACAAACUGCUACCAUUUUAGCUUCAACACAGGAAUGAGGCAGUGUUGCCAGACGCCAUUUUAAGAAUCCUGCAUAAAUAGCUUAGCUACCGAUGACUCUGCCUGUUUUAGCUUGGCUGAAGAGGAAAUAAAAACAGAACAGGAGGUGGUAGAGGGCAUGGAUAUCUCUACUCGCUCCAAAGAUCCUGGCUCCACAGAGAGAACAGCCCAGAAAAGAAGGUUCCCCAGCCCUCCGCAUUCUUCCAAUGGCCACUCGCCCCAGGACACAUCAGCAAGCCCCAUUAAAAAGAAAAAGAAACCCGGCUUGCUGAACAAUAACAAUAAGGAGCAGUCAGAACUAAGACAUGGUCCGUUUUACUAUAUGAAGCAGCCACUCACCACAGACCCUGUUGAUGUUGUACCGCAGGAUGGACGAAAUGAUUUCUACUGCUGGGUUUGUCACCGGGAAGGCCAAGUCCUUUGCUGUGAGCUCUGUCCCCGGGUUUAUCACGCUAAGUGUCUGAGACUGACAUCGGAACCAGAGGGGGACUGGUUUUGUCCUGAAUGUGAGAAGAUUACAGUAGCAGAAUGCAUCGAGACUCAGAGUAAAGCCAUGACAAUGCUCACCAUUGAACAAUUAUCCUACCUGCUCAAGUUUGCCAUUCAGAAAAUGAAACAGCCAGGGACAGACGCAUUCCAGAAGCCUGUUCCUUUGGAACAGCAUCCUGACUAUGCGGAGUACAUCUUCCAUCCCAUGGACCUUUGUACAUUGGAAAAGAACGCUAAAAAGAAAAUGUACGGCUGCACGGAAGCCUUCCUGGCUGAUGCGAAAUGGAUUUUGCACAACUGCAUCAUUUAUAAUGGGGGAAAUCACAAAUUGACGCAAAUAGCGAAAGUAGUCAUCAAAAUCUGUGAGCAUGAGAUGAAUGAAAUCGAAGUAUGUCCAGAGUGUUAUCUAGCUGCUUGCCAAAAACGAGAUAACUGGUUUUGUGAGCCUUGUAGCAAUCCACAUCCUUUGGUUUGGGCAAAACUGAAGGGGUUUCCGUUCUGGCCUGCUAAAGCUCUGAGGGAUAAGGAUGGGCAGGUUGAUGCCCGUUUCUUUGGACAACACGACAGGGCCUGGGUUCCAAUAAAUAAUUGCUACCUCAUGUCUAAAGAAAUUCCUUUUUCUGUGAAAAAGACUAAAAGCAUCUUCAACAGUGCAAUGCAAGAGAUGGAGGUUUACGUGGAUAACAUCCGCCGGAAGUUUGGGGUCUUUAAUUACUCUCCGUUCAGGACACCCUACACGCCCAACAGCCAGUACCAAAUGCUGCUCGAUCCCGCCAACCCCAGCGCCGGCGCCGCCAAGAUCGACAAGCAGGAGAAGGUCAAGCUCAACUUCGACAUGACGGCGUCACCCAAGAUCCUGAUGAGCAAGCCCAUGCUGAGCGGGGGCACGAGCCGCAGGGUCUCCCUGUCGGACAUGCCUCGCUCCCCGAUGAGCACCAACUCCUCGGUGCACACCGGCUCCGACGUGGAGCAGGACGCUGAGAAGAAGGCCACGUCCAGCCAUUUCAGCGCCAGCGAGGAGUCCAUGGACUUCCUGGACAAGAGUACAGCUUCACCAGCCUCCACCAAGACGGGACAAGCAGGGAGUUUAUCCGGCAGCCCGAAACCUUUCUCUCCUCAAGCGUCCACACCAAUCACGACGAAAACAGACAAGACAGCCACCACAGGAAGCAUCCUGAAUCUUAACCUGGAUCGAAGCAAGGCUGAGAUGGACUUGAAGGAGCUGAGUGAAUCCGUCCAGCAGCAGUCUGCCCCUGUUCCUCUCAUCUCUCCCAAGCGGCAGAUUCGAAGCAGAUUCCAGCUAAAUCUCGACAAGACGAUAGAGAGUUGCAAAGCACAGUUAGGCAUAAAUGAAAUCUCAGAAGAUGUCUAUACGGCUGUAGAGCACAGCGAUUCGGAGGAUUCUGAGAAGUCAGAUAGUAGUGAUAGUGAGUAUAUGAGUGAUGACGAACAGAAGUCCAAGAAUGAGCCGGAAGAUGCCGAAGACAAAGAAGGCGCUCAGAUGGACAAAGAGCCAUCUACUGUCAAAAAAAAGCCCAAAUUGGCAAACCCAGUGGAGACGAAAGAGGAGCUGAAAGUCAGCACGUCGCCCACCAGCGAGAAAGCAGACCCAGGCUCAGUCAAGGAAAAGACAAGCCCCCAGCCCGAGAAGGACUUUGCAGAAAAAGCAAAACCCUCGCCCCACCCCACAAAGGAUAAGCUGAAGGGAAAAGAUGAGACGGAUUCCCCAACAGUGCACUUGGGCCUGGACUCCGAUUCAGAGAGCGAACUUGUCAUAGAUUUAGGAGAAGACCAUUCUGGGCGGGAGGGUCGGAAAAAUAAGAAGGAACCCAAAGAACCAUCUCCCAAGCAGGAUGUUGUAGGUAAAGCUCCACCAUCCACUACGGCGGGCAGCCAGUCUCCCCCUGAAACGCCGGUCCUCACCCGCUCUUCCUCCCAAACUCCCACGGCUGGUGUCACGGCCACCACCAGCACCACGUCCACGGUCACGGCCCCGGCCGCCGCCGCCACUGGAAGCCCGGUGAAAAAGCAGAGGCCGCUCUUACCGAAGGAGACUGCCCCGGCCGUGCAGCGGGUCGUGUGGAACUCAUCAACUGUCCAACAGAAGGAGAUCACGCAGAGUCCAUCCACCUCCACCAUCACCCUGGUGACCAGCACCCAGUCGUCGCCCCUGGUUACCAGCUCAGGGUCCACAAGCACCCUUGCGUCCUCCAUCAGCGCAGACCUGCCCAUUGCCACUGCCUCCGCUGACGUCGCCGCCGACAUUGCCAAGUACACGAGCAAGAUGAUGGACGCGAUAAAAGGCACAAUGACAGAAAUAUAUAACGACCUUUCUAAAAACACUACUGGAAGCACCAUAGCCGAGAUCCGCAGGCUGAGGAUUGAGAUAGAGAAACUUCAGUGGCUGCACCAGCAAGAGCUCUCGGAAAUGAAACACAACUUGGAGCUGACCAUGGCGGAGAUGCGCCAGAGCCUAGAGCAGGAGCGGGACCGGCUGAUCGCCGAGGUGAAGAAGCAGCUGGAGCUGGAGAAGCAGCAGGCAGUGGACGAGACCAAGAAGAAGCAGUGGUGUGCCAACUGCAAGAAGGAGGCCAUCUUCUACUGCUGCUGGAACACCAGCUACUGUGACUACCCCUGCCAGCAGGCCCACUGGCCCGAGCACAUGAAGUCCUGUACCCAGUCAGCUACCGCCCCUCAGCAGGAAGCAGACCCCGAGGUGAACACAGAAACACUAAACAAGGCGUCCCAGGGGACCCCCUCUAGCACGCAGGCAACCCCUGCGGAAACUAGCACCUCGAAGGAGAAGGAGACGUCUGCGGAGAAGGGCAAGGACAGUGGCUCGACCCUCGACCUUUCUGGCUCCAGGGAGACGCCCUCCUCCAUUCUCUUAGGCUCCAACCAAGGCUCUGAUACAGCCCUACACCACCUGCUGUUGGUUGACUCCGUGGAUGUGGAUAUGGAGGGCCGACCAUGGGUCUUAAAGUAUCCGUGGAUUCUGUUAGCAACAGGUGUGACAAGCAGCCUGCCUCUGCCCCAACCACUACAGACCACCAGCCGCACCCCAACUACCCAGCCCAGAAGUACCAUUCCCGGAGCAGUAAGUCCAGUUGCUGGAGCGGCAGCGAUGAGAAACGAGGGUCCACCCGUUCUGAGCACAACACCAGCGCCAGCUCGAAGAGCCUCAUCCCGAAAGAGUCUCGGCUGGACACCUUCUGGGACUAGGGACAAACUGGGACAAAAGCCACCCACCCCAUGGAGGAAAAAAAAACCAGACACCAGGAAAACAGAAGACAGCAAAGAAAUGUGAGACAGGAGAACAGCCGGCUUCAGGCUGGAGGGUGCCAGCCGUUCGGACUUGGCCUGGGCACCUGGACCGAAGGGCCGCCCACACUACGUCACGUCCAGCAUUAGCCUUGACUGAGGAACUGUUCGACCCACGUGAAACCUAUGCUUCAGAUGUAAAUAAUGUAUAAUCUGUGGAUGUCAUCGAGCCUAGAGUACCUUCCCCUUUUUAUAUUUGUAUUGACUUUAACUUAUAAAAAAAAUGAGAAAAACAAUUAAAAAAAUACACCCAACAACAAAAAGAAUGGAUGUUGGAGAAGGGACGUCUGCCAGCCCAUCUGUUACCGUGUAUGGAGAGGGCAUGGGGAUGGCUGUGGCACGCGGGUCCCCAUCCUGGGACGCCCGGGGGUUAGGUUAGCCAGCCGCUUCCAUUCACACGUCUGUACCCAGCACAGUAGGACCCGGAGUUCCCAGCACAGGUGCUGUGUGGUCAUGGCCACAUCCCACCCAGCCCUUGGCCCCUCUCAAAUACUACGUUACUGUGUUAUCAAAGGCAAGCUCUCUGGACCAGAAGGACACAUGGAGGAGCUCGUUUAUUUUGUGUGAUUUCCGUGAUGACUCUACUUGUAGAAAAGGGAAAAAAAAGAAAGAAAAAAAAAAAAGCCAACGUCCUUGUUUACAGAAGAUCAAAUAGAAACAAGGCCGGCUCAGCUCAGUGGCCGAAGCAAAGAACAUACAAAACGUGUUAAGAGUCAGAAGCUCUGAAACACAGAGAAAUCUUUCCUUUGCUUUGUGGUUCCUUUCAACACACUCACACCCACUUGGUAAGAGAUGGCCUUGCUUCUCGGAGGCAAGACCCCAAAGGCAAGACGCACGCAGAGGACAUUUGAGUCUGGGAUGAAGCAUGUAUGUAUUAUUUAUACGAUGGAAUUCCACGUUUUUAUGUAAGCAUGACACAGAGGCAGUGUGAGAGGGAGCAGGCACCGCCCUGCUGUCUGUUACACUACGUAGUACCAUUUUGUAUGUUGUGUAAAACAAGAAGCUUUGAACAAAGCAAAACAGGUGAUGUAUGUAUAUGAGAAAAAUUAAUUGUACGAUAUCAUUCCAGUACCUUUUGUUGUACAUUUUAGUCUCGUUUACUUUCUCUUCACUGUUGAUAAGAGGAUCCUGGAUGUACAGUUUCCAGCUAGUUCCCCAUAUUAGAGAAAAAAUAAAAAAGAGUAUUAGAGGAAAAUGGGAGAGAAAGAACGUUUGUGAAUUGCAGUUGUCAAAACAAAACAAAAAAAAUAGCCUAGCUGGCCUUAUUUGUGAAGCAUAAUUGCUUUUAGCAUAUGGAAGUAUUUUUUCACAUUUUCUUUGUAUAAAAUUUGUAUUAAACUUAAAUAUCUUUUUUGAUGAUGGUGUUUCUUUGUGACUGAGCCAGUGAACUCACACGGUAUGCUCUUUUGGGUUCCCCCCACCCCCAAUUUUUUCAGAUUCUUCACCUUUUUUUAAUUAAACUGUUUUGGAAAAAUG